UCAACUCCAAUCUCUCAUUUUCCAACAAAUUCAAAUUCUAUUUUCUUCGAAUUCUCCGGUGAAAAAUGUCAGGGCGCGGCAAGGGAGGCAAAGGAUUGGGAAAAGGCGGAGCAAAGCGACACAGGAAGGUGCUGAGGGAUAACAUCCAGGGCAUCACCAAGCCCGCCAUCCGUCGUCUCGCUCGCCGUGGAGGAGUCAAGCGUAUCUCCGGCCUCAUCUACGAGGAGACCAGAGGUGUCCUCAAGAUCUUUCUCGAGAACGUCAUCCGUGACGCCGUCACCUACACCGAACACGCUCGCAGGAAGACCGUCACUGCCAUGGACGUCGUCUAUGCUUUGAAGAGGCAGGGAAGGACCCUUUACGGAUUUGGGGGUUAAAUUGUUGGGUAUUAGUUUAGGGUUUGGGUUUAGAUCUGGGCUUGAUGAAUAUUCUGUGGUUAAGUAUGUAAUUUGUACCUUCAAAAUUGAAGUAAUGUGAGUUUGGUUUCUCAGUAAAUUUAUCCCUUUUCUUACGUUUUACAUCUUAAAUUUCUGGAUUGUGGUUCUUCUUGGUUGGUGCCAGCAAUCGUAAUGUAAUCUGAAAUUGAAUUUGGA